ACAUUUAGCAUCACUAUUAAAAUACAAACCGGAUUUCUGAAAAUUUGUAACCUCAAUAUUUGAAUUGUCGGAAAACCGUUAAUAUCCUGAAAUAUGGACGAAAGUUGUUUUUUGGACAAUACAAAUUUGGACAAUACAAAUUUGAACAACACAAAUUUGGAUAAUACAAAUUUGAACAAUACAACUUUGGACAACACAACUUUGGAUAAUACAAAUUACGUUAACACAUCUUUUGAUUUUGCAAAUUACGAGGAGCAGAAAUCAAGAAAACGUAGUCUAGUGUGGAAUUUUUUUGAGAAAGUAGGUCUUAAACGGGUGAGAUGUCGUGUGUGUAGUCAUGAACAAAACUAUCAGGGAACAACCGGUAAUAUUCUGAGACAUUUGAAGGCUCGCCAUGAUUUAGAUGUCACACUAAAGGGGCAACAGGAUCCCCGCAAUCGAAAGCGUAUCAAAGAAUAUAGCAGUAUGACAUUGCCAAUAAAAACCGAAGUGAAUAUAGAUCGAAAACCAGUACUACCAAUACGCAAGUUAUCAAUGUCUAGUGAAUCAUCCGACACAGUAGAUCCUUACAGUGGCACUAAACAAGAGAAAUUUGAAAGCGGUAAUAUGUUUUAUGAAACCAUUCCCGAGCUGGAGGAAGACUGCUUAGAAGAAUCUAUAAAUUAUAAGAUACAAGAGCGAAAAUCUUCAAAAAGAACAAAAUUGGAAGAGGAUCGUAUUUUAGCCGAAACGGAGUAUUUUCGUGAAAAGGCUGCUUAUUUUCGAAUACAGAAACACUUUACAGCUCUGCAAGCUAAAAAAGUUAAAUUAGAAAUAGAACAAAUUAAUUUAAAUAAUAAAAAUGCAACUUAACUCAA